AUGUAUCUGCGAGAUGAGGGCCCGGAUUGGGCCGCGACACAUUUAGAACUGGGCGAAUUCGACAUCUCAGGCACCAGCCACGCCAUGGCUAGAUGGCCUCUCGAUAAGAUUGAGCUCGGUGGAUGUUGCUCGCAAUUAUCCCCGCCAUUGCCCGCCAACCAAACUGCACCCCUCGUUGAGAUUCCUCAUCUGCGUCUUUCAUUUGCCGCCUAUAUCAACAAUACCUCAUUCAUAUUUCGACCUCAUAUUUUCUGCUCUUCAUCUCUGUCUCUUUUCCCAGACCCGGUCCCUUCUCUCCUCGAACUGGCGGAUUUCGCACCGCCUCCUGGGCCACCUCCGCCGCGGGUCCCAGAAGGCUGGAAGGCUAUCUGGAAUGAUGAACACAAAGAAUGGUUCUACGUCAACCUCCACACCAAAAAAUCGACAUGGGAGAAGCCUACAGCGCCCGCCGUCGGUCCCCAUGAUGAUGCCCCGCCUGCAGGCGCUCCUCCAUCCUACUCCGCUGGUCGGGAUGCCCCUCAAGUGUCCGAUGCAAAGCGUCCAUUUGAGUCGAACAAUCCAUACAACACGAGCAGUCCGGCCGGAUCCCACCACGAAACAGAUGAAGAGAUGGCGCGACGCCUCCAACGGGAAGAGCAGUCCCGCGGCGCGGCCGAGUCGUACUACAACUCCGGCAGCAGCGUCAGUCCCAAUCCCCCGGGCAUUCAUGGCGGCUACCCCGGCUCUCCCACGUCCCCGUCGAACCAGCUACCUCCGCGACCAGACAGCGCUGGCAAAUCCCGGGGUCUCUUUGGGAAGUUACUGGGCAAGUCAAGCAGCAGCAACAGCUCGCCACUUCCGCAACAAGCACGUCCCGGCUCCGGGUACCCUCCCCCGCCGAUGGGCUAUAACCCAGGCUACUCGCCCGGGCCCCCAGGUCCAGGCUACGGUGGUCCUCCCGGUCCUGGAUAUGGCUAUGGACCACCGCAGGGUUACGGCGGAUACGGACCUCCUGGCCCUGGUUACGGCCCUGGUCCGGGGUACGGUGGCUAUGGAGGAUAUCAACAAGCUCCGCCUAAACGAUCUGGCCUUGGUGCAGGAGGGGCCGCAGCACUAGGUCUCGGUGGUGGUCUGCUUGGUGGUGCGCUGCUCGCGGAUGCUUUCAACGACGGGUCGCAAGAUGCCUAUCAGGAAGGUUAUCAAGAUGGCGCAGACAACGGGGGUGACGGUGGUGGUGAUGGCGGCGACGGUGGAGACUUUUAA